UCCGCAAUGCUAAGCAACCGAUUGAAAUAUACUUAUUAUUUGACAUCGCGAGUGAUCACAAACGUUCUGGAAAUAAUAAAAAGCUUCUGUCCCUUGAACCGAACAAACGACGUGCGAACCAGCGGCUUGAGUCUUUGACUUUAGCCGCCACCCCGGACUAGAUUGCGUCAAGCGUCAGAGGCUACGAUAUCUGCAUACAGCACGACAAAGCCGGGGCAACGACUUUCCCCCACUUCUCCUGCGAUGGAACGCUUCCGCGUCUUUCUCCGGACCGUGUGACUUGCCGCGGGUCUCGGUGCAGGGGACGCAAUUUGUGACUGAAGGGGCAAACUACCCAUGACGACAGGCCCGUACUUAUAAUAUAUGCUCUUGCAAGUAUGCCCCAUGAACCGGGUUCUUUUGAUUGCCUCGGAUCUAGACUAUCUAUAAAGACCGAUCUUGCGACGUCUUGCCAUCAUCUAAUUUGCUCCAUUGGCUUCUCACCCGCACAUUCACAGACGUUGAAGAUAUUUCGGAAAAGCCCCCGUGUUUGACAAAUCCAGUAGCCGUCAUGCGGUGCUCUUCAACGCUCAGCUUUUUCAUCAACCUGACCCUUGUCUGUAGUCAAUCCGGUCCGCCUUCAAACGGAUCGAGCGAGUGGCAACCAGGCAAAUUCAAGACUUUGGUUACUUUUGGUGAUAGCUACACGGAUGAGAAUAGACUGGGCUUCUUCGCGAGUCACAAUGGCACGGCACCUCCACCCGGAUGGGACGGUGGGGUGAACUACGGCGCAUCGACGGGCGGGAGAAUAUGGGCCCGCUACGCCUCCAUCUACUCAUCCCUCACUCUCUACAACUACGCAGUCAGUGGCGCCGUCUGCUCCAAUGAGAUCACCCCACGGACCUUCGCCUCCAUCAACGCACCCUUCCCUGAUAUUCAAGGAUAUGAACUCCCCGCCUAUCUGGCCGACUCAACCUACCAAAAUCCCAACGGCACCGCUUUCUUCACUGGUGUUCCAUCCAGCACGGUCUACGCAAUCUGGAUCGGCACCAACGACAUUGGAAACGACGCCUUUCUAACCGACUCUCAAGUACGUGGUAAAACCCUCAAAGACUAUACUGAUUGCGUCUACCAAACUGUUGCUUCACUGUACGAGAGUGGCGCCCGCUAUUUUGUCCUCAUGAACCUCGCUCCACUCCAGCUUGCACCUCAAUACGCAGUUCCCGAAAACGGCGGCCUCAACCAUACCGAGUUUUACCCAAAUAAGGGUGAUAACAUCACCCAGAUCAGCUACCGCAUGUGGGAGAGCGUCGCCACUCUAAACGAAGUCUACGCAUAUCGCACCCCGUACGAAACUCUCAUCGCGAAGUCGUACCCUGAGGCUAGUAUUGCGAAUUUCGAUGUCAAUUCGCUUAUGACGGAUAUUUGGACGAACCCUGAAAACUACCUGAAUGGAACCAAGGCACCGAAUGUCACUGGCACGGUGAAGAAUUGCGUGGGUUCCGGUGCAAACCAGACUUGUGUUAGGGAUGAUAGUCCCGAUAGCUUCAUGUGGUUUGAUGCGUUGCAUCCGAGUGAGCAGGUUGAUCGUGUGAUUGCGAAGGAAUUCGACCAGGUGCUGGCUGGGGAGAGCAAGUUUGCGAAAUAUUGGGGUUGA